ACUACUCUGUCCCACGUUGUCUUGCAGUUGCAGAGCGCUCUCUCCCGUUCGAAAAGACGAAACUCUCUCUCUCUCUCACUUACUCUCUCUCUGUCCACCGGCGAACCACGUUUCCUCUCUCCGACGGCCUAUAUCCGAUCUCCUAGGGAUGAGCACCGGCGAGCUUCUCAACAUCGAGCCUCAAGAGCUCCAAUUCCCUUAUCCGUGUUUUUGUUGCCAUUGUUUAUUUUUCAUAAUUUUUUUUGUUUGUCGAAUUAAAAAAAAAGUUGAGUUGAGGAAGCAGAUCUCGUGCUCUCUGCAGUUGUCUAAUAAGACCGAUAACCAUGUGGCUUUCAAGGUGAAGACGACAAAUCCAAAGAAGUACUGUGUGAGACCCAAUACUGGAAUUGUGUUGCCGAGGUCUACCUGCGAUGUUAUAGUUACAAUGCAAGCUCAAAAGGAGGCCCCGCUCGAUAUGCAAUGCAAGGACAAGUUCCUGCUCCAAAGCGUGGUUGCAAGCCCCGGAGCAGCUGUGAAGGAGAUAACCCCGGAAAUGUUCAACAAGGAGUCAGGGCAUAAUGUCGAGGAGAGCAAAUUGAGAGUUGUUUAUGUUGCUCCACCUCGACCUCCAUCGCCAGUUCGAGAAGGGUCAGAAGAAGGUUCUUCACCAAGGGCUUCAGUAUCUGAUAACGGGAAUCUCAAUGCUUCUGAAUUUACACUUGCUUCAAGAGCAUUUGUGGAGCAACAUGAGCCUCAGGAAACCUCGUCUGAGGCAAGAGCUCUUCUAUCAAAGCUGACCGAGGAGAAAAAUUCUGCUGUUCAGCAAAAUAACAAGCUUCAGCAAGAACUGGAGCUCUUGAGGCGUGCAGCCACCAAAAGGCACGGUGGUAUCCCGCUUUUAUAUGUGCUUCUCGUUGGCUUGGUCGGCAUCGUGUUGGGGUACCUUAUGAAGAAGACAUGAACAAUUGAGUUUAUCCUUUGUUCCUGCAGGUCCACCCAUUUCAGUGGGAAACAAAAUGUAGAAAGCCAGUAGAAAACAGAUGCGUGACUGAUAGAUCUUGCUUUGUUGUAUUAAAGACCUGUAUUGACAUUAGGGACAAUUUCAGACGUGUGGAAGGUAACUUUUUUAUCAUUGUAUUAGCCAGAUAUUGACAGUGGAGAACAUGAUUUAUGGGUUUUACCGGUUUUGUAAUUGAUCCGAAAGAACUCUAAAAUUAUUUUGUGUGACCCACUUUUGGCAUGAACAUAUCCUUUUCUGUUAA